AUGGUGGAAGGAUUUUAUAAGAGACCUCUUCCUUCGCUUGCUGUUGAUUUUGUUUCCGAUCAUGGCAAGCAACUUUUUGUUGAAAGCAUUCAAAGUGGAACAAUGGAAUGCUUUUAUAGGUUGAUACCAUAUUUUCAAACACAAUCUGAACUAACUUAUUGCGGCCUUGCGAGUCUUGCCAUGGUUCUCAAUGCUCUUGCCAUUGAUCCUGGCAGAAAAUGGAAAGGAGGACCUUGGAGAUGGUUUGAUGAAUCUAUGUUGGAUUAUAGUGAACCUUUAGAAAUGGUUAAAGCUAGAGGCAUUGCAUUUAUGAAUCUUGCACACUUGGCUCAAUGUGCUGGAGCCAAAGUUGAUGCCUUUUAUGCUACUCAAAGCAACAUCGAUUAUUUUCGUAAAUAUGUUAUCAAAUGUUCAAGUUCAAAUAACUGUCAUUUGAUCUCUUCGUAUCAUAGAGCUGCUCUCAAUCAAACGGGAUCCGGACAUUUUUCUCCUAUUGGAGGCUAUCAUGUUGGAAAGGACAUGAUAUUAAUUUUAGAUGUUGCGCGUUUUAAAUAUCCUCCUCAUUGGAUUCCACUUGCAGCUCUAUGGGAAGGCAUGAAUUAUGUUGUUAAAUCUACUGGAAAAUCAAGGGGGUUCAUGCUUAUAUCAAGGCCGCAUAAGGAAACACUUGAAAGAAAUUCAUGA